AUGUCGCGGCACCGAAAUGUCAAAAACCUGGAUAUCGAGGAUGGGCUGGAUGACUACGAUUAUUCCGCAGAAGAGGAGGAGGAUGACUUGAGCCCCGAGGAUCGCGCCAUGAUGGCCCGCGGAGUCGCCGAGGUUCAGGCUGCUCUUGGUGUUGAAGCGGGCAAGGUCACAGUGGCUCAGAUUGAGGAAUCGCUCUGGUACUACUAUUACGACGUCGAAAAGACAGUUAACUACCUCAUCAAGAAGUACAUCAAUCCUCCAGCACCGAAGAAAAAGCCGCCUCCCCCUCAGCAGCCCAAUGGUGAGUUCGCCACUUCUGUCUUUGCUCCCGGCAUGCCCAUCUCUCCCCAACCCCGACAGUCCCUGGCCUCGCUGUUUUGGGAUAUGCCGUGGGGAAACAUCCCGAAGCACCGGGAAACCACAUUUAUUCCUCCCCAUGUGCCCCGGGGUGGGCUUCUCGGAGGUUCAGGAGCGGCUCCCAAGAUGUCUAAAUUGCAAGCGCUGGCGGCGGCAAGAAAGAAAAAGGCCGAAGAAAAGAAAGCCGGUGAGAAGAAGGCUGAGGAGAGGGCCGCUGCCGACGUGGAACAAGCACAGUCUAAGUUAAAGGAGCUGUCGGUCAACGAAACAACGACAACUUCCUCCAGGGGAACUGCGUCCAUGGCUGGAGCUUUUGGAAGGCGGCUCAAAACAGCACAGUCGGCUGCGCAAGGUCGUGUGCCCUUGGCCGCCAAUGAGCCUGGUCUGACGGGUUCAUCGAUACCCUCCUUGUCAACAUCAGCGACUCCGUCAACGCUAUCACUGUCAGAAGAUAACCGUCCAAUCGACAAGGCUCCUCAAUCCUCAUUUGCACAAACUCUCUUCGCCUCCCCCUUAGAAAAGGACUCCAGCCGCAAGCGCAAGCUGCCUGAGUACUUUGCGCUAUACCCAGACUUGCCCCAGUCGGUCAUCGACGCCUUCUCCAAGCCUAGUCCGGAUGAUAUUGUUCUUCAGGCCCAAGCGAAAGCUGGAAAGAAGAAUGCCGCUCCCGCCCAACCCAAGAAGAAGUCGACAGCGACAGCACUGUCUACGAAACAAGCAUCAGCAGCCCAAGUGACCGACAAAGUCAGCGAACUUAAAAUUAGUGAUGCGGUGCUUCCCAAAAGCAGAAACCUCGAUGUUCCAGCUGAGUAUACUAAGAGUCAACAGAAAAAGAGCGCCAGUUUUGUCGUCGUCGGCCAUGUGGACUCUGGCAAGAGUACUAUGAUGGGUCGGCUUCUACUCGAUCUCAAGAUAGUGAACGAACGAGCAGUUGACAAGCUGCGCAAGGAAGCUGAGAUUAUAGGCAAGGGUUCAUUUGCGCUUGCCUGGGUCAUGGACUCUCGUGAGGAUGAGAGAGCUCAUGGUGUAACCAUCGACAUUGCGAUGAACCGUUUCGAAACAGAGAGGAUGUCUUUUCUCAUUCUCGACGCACCUGGUCACCGAGACUACAUCCCGAACAUGAUCGCAGGGGCCAGUCAAGCAGAUUUCGCAAUUCUCGUCAUCGAUGCCAAAGAGGGUAAUUUUGAAGCCGGCCUCAGGGGUCAAACCUAUGAACACAUCAUUCUGCUCCGGAGCAUGGGCGUCUUCCGCCUGAUCGUGGCCAUCAACAAGCUUGAUAUGGUCAACUGGUCCCGUGAGCGUUUUGAAGAAAUCAAAGAUCAGAUCACGGGUUUCUUCAAACGCCUCGGUUUUCAACUUGACAAGAUCGCCUUUGUUCCUGUCUCUGCCCUCAAGGGUGAUAACAUCGUUAACCGCUCCACUGACCCAGCAGCAUCAUGGUACGCUGGACGCACUCUCAUUCAGGAGCUGGAAGCUUCUGACCCUAAACCGCGCGAGCUGAGAAAGCCACUACGUAUGAUUAUCUCAGAGGUCUACAGCACCAUGCAGUCCCCCGUAACAAUCUUGGGCCGCCUGGAACAAGGUUGUGUCCAAGUCGGCGAGAAGCUGCUGCUUCUGCCAGCGAACCAAAUGGCAUAUGUCAAAGCUAUCAACACCAAUGGUGGCGAGCCGGUCGACUGGGCCGUCGCGGGCCAACAUGCCGAGAUCGCCUUAGACGGCAUCAUCCAGGAAUAUGUCUCGAUUGGUGACGUUGUCUGUGAUCCCAACCAUCCAGUCAAGGUGAUGAAGGAGUUCACCAUGAAGGCUCUCGCCUGGGACAUGUUUUGGCCCAUGCCUGUCGAUGUGCAUCGCGGCAGGCUGCACGCCUCAGGGAAGGUUACGAAGUUGGUUGCCGUGCUAGAUCGAGCUACGGGCGCAGUGACCAAGAAGUUUCCUCAGGCCAUUAGGAAGGGCCAGGUUGCGCGCAUUAAGGUUGAAGUCCAGGACACGGUUCCGUUGGAAGCUGGUCAGAGAGUGGUGUUGCGGAGAGGUGGUGAGACUGUGGCUGCUGGGCUGUUGGAGUAA